CCCAACAAAUCUCGCGCUACUAUCCUUCGUCCGCCCGCGUCGUCAACGCCUCCCAUCCUUUCCCUCCCUCUACACACCAUAGAUCCCUUCCUCGCCGCCACAGCCUGAAUUCCGGACACAUGCCCCAAAGGCCCAAACCAUCAUGAUGGAGACGACGAUGCCUCAUCCCCCGCCGGCCUCAUGAAGGGAGUCGGGAAGGGCGUGGAGAUGCACGCUGCGGAGCUGGAGGAGGCCGUGUCGAGACCCUUCACUUGGCCGCGUCGUCCUCCACCGAUUACUCCUACGUGGGUUCCGUGGCCGCCGCCUCCAUGCGCCUCAAGCUCUACGAUGAGACCGGAUCCAGGGUCGUGAGCGACCACGAUGCUGCGUUCGUCGCCGACCAUGAUGUUGCUGGAGUACAGGGAGCACCUGGUGUGCGAGACGUGGAUCCAGAUUGAGAUGGCUACCGUGUCGAGGGCAUCGCUCACGGCGGCGGCGCAUCUCAGGUUCGUCGACCAGUACCUCGAUUAAGCCCGCAGCGUUAGCUGGGGCAAGGACCACCUCCCGCCCGACCUGCGUGGUACAACUCCCAUCCGAAUCCUCCAGCGGAGGAGAUCAGCCAAUUGCAGUUUGAAUCGGACAAGGUUGCCGUCAUCGGUGUGGCUGCAAAGUGGAGGAUCUAAACUACGAUGUACUGGUGCCACAGCGGUUGACAUCCCCGACACCCGUUCGAGUUCCUGGGCAUCACUACUUGCCAUACCAAGCAGGAAAGUAAAUCAUCUCCUAUAAUUUCCUGCUAUAUUCUCAAGUCUUUUGUACACAUGUUUCUACAUGAUACCCUAUGGCCAACCGAAUCAGUUUUUGUUUCUGACGUAGAUGAUUUUGAUCUAAUAUCUUGUUUCUUCUGAUUUGUUACACACCAUAGGUAUGAGGCCUAAAUUCUAAAUUCCACGCAUCAAUUUUCCUAAUUUUCUCAAAAUCAUGUAUAAUAGAGUUUAUAAUCUUUUCUUGGUUAGAUCUGGUAGUUCCUUAUUCUUCCCACUUCUCAAUUUCCAGCAAAUAUCUGAGGCUAACUUUUUUCCCCCUCUUACUGCAGAUUAGUUCGAACAAUGGGUUAUAUUGUUGUUUUUUCUGAUAGUGCUCCUAAAUGGAUACUUCAAGAUUGCUGCAGUUCCCAGCAACACUGGAGAAGGGCCUAGAGAAAAUGAUAGACUUAAAGAAUAGAUUAGGUGGCGUGAUAACUCAGGUUCAGAGGUGGGUGGCCAAGCUCCGCCCACGGUACCAGCCCAUGUGGCGGAGGGUUUGGAUCCUGGACGUUGGACACCGUCCUCGCGACCACUUGUCGGGUGCUGCAGGCGCUGGGUGUCCAGCGCAGGUGCACCUCCCUGCUUCUUUUGUGAUGAUUCCGGUUGCAUGUGGUCUCCUGCACAACGAUGAACAUCUGCUCAAGCAGGAGGUUUGGCACAACGGUGGAAGAGGCAGGAACGUGCGUCUGCGGGCUUGCCUGCUUGCCAGUGCCAAACCGUGUGGAUGUCGCAUUCCAUGCAGGUGCCCUCGCUCCGGAAUUGUGCUGCGCGAUUGCCUUGUCACGAGCACAGCCGGGCCGCGUCGAUUAGUUUGCAUCCAAGAGAAUGGCCGCUUGUCCAGUCUUCUUCGUCGCUUCCUGUACAUCUCCAUAAGGUUUCCUGGACUUCAUUGCCUACUGCAUGCAAAACAUUAUCCCAUGUCUUUGCUGAAAUAUUCAAACUUUGUAUUUGUUUGACGUGUUCUAGAAGGUAUUAUUAAUCCCCCUGAACAUGUGUACUUUGUAGUGCUUACAUCGAACGAUUUGUAUUUAGAUGUGAUCAGAAAUAGGGAUGGCCAAUAUUGAUUUUCGGAAGGACUAGGUUUUGCAGGAUUCAUAUAGUCUGAUCACACAGACUAGCUAGAGCACCUUUAAAAUUUUGUAUGUAAAUUCUAAACCGAAUCUCUACUGAAGUUCAGUGAAAAACUAUCUGCUCAAUUGAUUAACUGGUGACUUUAUGCAUGCGUAUGAAACGUUACUAAUAUAAAUAACAAAUAGUCGACUUUGAGCCGCCUCAUGUUAUUUCAUUUUAUUUCCGCACACUUAGAUGUAAUAUAGUUUUACUGGAUCUAAAUAAGAAAGUAAUUGUUCUAAUGAGGUAGAAACAUUUUGCUAUAGCAGCUGAAGCUGCAUGAGCACAUCAGCCAAUCACCUGACAUCAUCAACUUACUCCACAAAUACGUUCAGAAGUGGAAGCUGAGAUGGUGUCCCGUGUGGCAGAGAAAUAGGGAAAAAUAAAGCAGGUUCAAUGUGGCACGGGAUUUACUUAAAUGUGGUAAAAUGUAUCAUAGCUUCUUAAAUGUUGUAAAGUAGGGUCACAAGUAACUUCGUAUGCGGGAAAGUCUAUCAUGUAAAUUUGAUCAUCAUGCAAUAUGUUGCCGGACUCAGAAAUAAGAUUGUGAUUGUUUAAAGGAUUUAUUUUGGAUUUCUAUUGCUUUACAAACCGUAAGUAACAAUAUGAUAGAUUUAGUGCUGGUGUUUGUCUUUAAAAAAAAGCACCAACCUGAAAACAUAUAAUCAUAUCUGUUUUGUUAUGCUUUGUCCAUGAUUGAGUUAAUAUACUUGUAAAAAGACAUGGGUGCAUUCUUUAUUGCAAUUCGCUAGCAAAUAAACUAUCCUGCAUAUUUUGUCAAAACUAGCACAUGUGAUUAAGGUAUAUGCCUGUAAAUUAUGUGGGUACUUUACAUGUAAAGUGCAAUGUGUAUGUAAGAGAUGGCCAACCGGAAAUCCACUUUAGCUACUAAAACUCAUUUUAAAAUGUCAAAAGUUUCUGGAAACAAAAAUUGUGUGUAUAUCAAGAUAUUUUAUGUUUGCACACAAAGUUUAAGAAAAAGAGUAAAUGUUUUGUGGCUUGUGUAAAUAAGAUGUUUUUUAUGCUCUAAUAUGGCUACUCACAAGAAUUUUAUUUUAUCUUAUUUACACACGCUAAAAAACUCUUCUUUUUUUGGUAAACUUUAUGUGCAAUGUUUAGAUGUACACAUGGAUUUUUUUUCAGAAUUUUCUAGAUUUUGAAAUGUGUUUUUUAUGUU